UUUGCUUCUCUCUCUGUCUCUCUCUCUGCAGCUGAGCCAGCCGAUCUCCUAAAGAUUUUAGAUUUUCACAGUUUGCCGGAGGGUGUAUCGAAAACUACAGGCUUCUGCACACACCGGAAGUCAUCGAAAGGGCCUGAUGUCGCCUACAGAGUCACAAAAGAUGCACAGCUUAGCACUCCAACUAAACAACUCUACCCCUCAUCCAUGUUUCCUGAGGACUUCUCCAUCUUGGCGACGGUGAAGCCGAAGAAAGGCAGUCAGUCCUUCCUGCUGUCGGUGUAUAACGAACAGGGCAUCCAGCAGCUUGGUCUGGAGGUGGGACGCUCUCCUGUUUUCCUGUAUGAGGAUCACCUGGGCAAACCCGGCCCGGAGGACUACCCGCUCUUCAGAGGGGUCAACUUGGCGGACGGAAAGUGGCACCGUGUGGCGAUCAGCGUUCACAAACAGAGCAUCACUCUGGUUUUUGACUGUAAGAAAAAGGUGACACGGACGCUAUCCAGAAGCCCUCACCCCAUCAUCGACACCAAAGGCAUUGUGGUCUUCGGGACACGUAUCCUGGAUGAGGAGGUGUUUGAGGGUGACAUCCAGCAGCUGAUGAUUGUAUCGGACCACCGUGCUGCGUUUGACUACUGUGAGCACUACAGCCCUGACUGUGAGGUUCCUGCACCCGAACAGCACCAAAACCAAGACCCAAACACUGAUGACUCU